AUGAAACUCAAGCCUUUAUUAUUUAAUGUGUUGGUGGUUCUCCUUCUUUCACAUAUCCCUUCCGUGACGGCGUCAGCGUCAGAUACUGAGAAAUAUCGUUCCGAAAGCAUCCCAACAUUAUUGGAUAUCCUCUCUCAGGAUUUCGAAGUUAGCGUCAUUACGCAAUCCUUCGGCGUUUUUAACGCCUCACUUCACAUUCAAGGCUCCCCCAACUUCAAAGGACACCUUUAUGGGGAGCUAAUCCCACACGGCGAUCUUAUGUCGACGAUGGAUGGCGAUGAAGGCGACGCGGUGGGUACCCUUCCGCAUUUUUCUCGUAUGCGCGAGCAACUUGAUGACGAACUAAGCGGCUUAACAGCGAGUAUGGAGACGGCCUCCAAAUCCAAAGUCUCGAAUGGCCCUCCCGUCAAGAAAGAGCGGCCGACCUUGCUUGUUUUUGACGGAGUGGUACAGGGUACGACUUUCAAGCAGCGGCCUUCCGUCGAGUUUACGGCCUUUUACCUUUCCGAGGAGCCUGAGGCCUUGCGGAAGGGGGUCGACAUGAUUCAGGAAGGCGUUGCUUUGCCUACGGCCAAAACUGAGAUGCAUUUUCGCCCUACACGACCUAGCAUGACGCGCGUUUUGCUCAGUGAUGUGCCCGAGUUCGCGAGAAUCUCCUCUGCGGUCCUCAACCUACCUACCGAUUCUCCCACCAAACCCUCCCGAAAAGGAAGCAUUACCAUUAAUUUCUUCUCAGAACAUGAGUUUAUGAUAGACUUGUGGCUCCCACGGAGCCUUUGGAAGGGUGGCUCAAGCACAGAAGAAGAAGGGGAUGAGGAGCGGGUGUGGGUGCAUGGGUAUGCUCCGAUUUCCUCGACACUUUCGCCGCGCGUGGAGGUAAAAAGGCCGUGGUGGAUGGGGCCGACAAUGGUUUUUGUCUUCGUUGCGACAUUCGCUCUUCAGAUCGUUGUGGGUAUACUUGAUGGCAAGCAAAAAAAAAUGAAACGGGAAAAUCAGAAUGGGGCGGUAGCUACUGCGGAAAAAAAGGAAAAUUAG